AUGGCGAUGGAAAGUGAUAAGAAGCGUAAAGGUGCUGAAAAAUUGUGCCGUAUAUCCGUGAAUUUUUACAAAUUAGCAGUGGAUAUCAUAGGUUUGGCAUUUGGGUUUGUCCAUCGGUGGCAUGUGUCUACGCUGUUCGAAAAUGACCGGCAUUUUUCGCAUCUAUCCGAGAUCGAGAGAGAAAUGUCCUUCCGCACGGAAAUGGGAAUGUACUAUUCGUAUUACAAGACGAUCGCAGAGUCGAAAACGUUCAUGGAUGGUAUAAGAAAAAUUAGUCACGAUAAUAUUUCGGAAUACGGGAAUGUUAUCAAUGCGGCUAGAAAGUAUAGCAUUCUACCAGAGCUAGUAAUUGGACAUCUUUAUCAUUGUGCCAAGAAUCUGGGGAUAAUGCCUGUAGAGCAGUGUUGGCAAGUAGAUAAAGGAGAAGGCUUACCACCGGUGACCAGUUGCGAGGGUCUGAGUGUUCCAGUUUAUUUUUACUUAGAAAUUGUUUGGAUUUCAACUAUAUUUACAGCAGCUAUAUUGUUCUAUUAUGCUGUGCACCUUGGCAAUGGUAUAAAGAGUGGAAUCGUUACGAUACUUUUCUUCUUUUACAAUCACAAUGAAUGCACUCGUGUCCAAUGGUCGCCACCCUUGAGAGAAAGUUUUGCAUACCCUGUAUUGCUUGGACAAAUGUACAUGUUGACUGUGAUUCUUAGAGAGGGUACUGUACGUGAUCCACAGAAUGUGCCCAGAAAUUUACUUCAGAAUAUGGGUUUUGCAACGGUAAUUAGUUUAUGUUGUUGGCAAUUUUCCCAUUUCGUGUUCACGACUCAAAUCAUUGCACUGUUGAUAUUAAAAUGGAUAAGAAUAAUUCCAAACAGUCUGUAUAGCUCUAUUUUUAUAGUACACUGUUGGUCCAUCGUGAUAGCAAUGUGUAUCACGGACUUUUACACCUUAUUCGACUCCCUGUACCUGUGUCUUCUACUUACUAGCAAGGCUUUGAGCUUAACAGAGAAAAUGUCUCCUGUCAUUGGUAAAACAUUCCAAACGAUUACCGAAAUUGCUCUCACAAUCGCGUGGACAGUGGAUUUAAAGUCGUUCUGCAGCACCUUGUCCGAAGACAACGCACAUGUGUUCAAUUUACUUAAAGCAAAAUUAACCAAUUACAAAGACUUUCACACGAUGCUGUACACCUGUUCCCCCGAAUUCGAUUUUCUCCAGUACAGAAAUUACGAGUUGAUUAUAAAAACGUCUCUUCUACCGACUGCCAUACUCGCUGGGAUAUUAGCGGUCUAUUUCUGGUAUAGGAAUUACAAAAUCAAAGGAUACCCUAGAUGCAUAGAAGCGGAUCUGGCUUACAACGGCCUGCAGACCGGUGCUUUCAUCAUCAUGGCGGUUUUUAUCAUGAGACUGAAGCUGUUCAUGAAUCCCCAUCUCUGUAUAAUAGCCGGCACGGUUUGCGCGAACAGAUAUCUGGAAAAAUUCGGUUUAAAAAGCGAGAUGACCAAGACUGCCGUUACUCUUGUAUUGAUAUCCGCGAUAUCUUACCACGGAUUAAAGGUACUACAGGAAGAACGAAGCGUUAUAGGCGAGUACAGUAAUAUCGAACAAGAGGAACUAUUCGAGUGGAUCAAGGAGAACACGCCUGAAGACGCCGUGUUUGCUGGAAAAAUGUCUUUAAUGGCAAACUUGAUGCUCUCUACGGGUAGGCCGAUCGUCAAUAACCCUUACUACGAGAGCAAAGAGAUGAGAGAUCGAACGAUGAAAGUUUAUGAGAUCUUCAGCAGAAAAGACGUCACAUCGGUGUACAUCACCCUGAGGAACUUAAACGUUGGAUACGUUGUGCUGGAUGCAACACUGUGCUUCGGCUAUGCAAAUCUACCAGAAGACUGCCAGAUGCUCGACCUGUGGGAUUUGAUAGACAAUGGGACCGCAAAGGCAGCUGGAAAACGACCCUUGUGUCCAAUACUGUUUCGAGGGAACGUUUAUCCCUUUAAGAGGACUUUUGUAAAUAUUCGUUACGUCGUUCUACAGCUCGACAAUUCUUAUUACGUAGAGUUGAAACCGAAGAAUUUCGUCGAGUAUCAAUCUUGAGAGUGUUUAGGUUAAUCAAGCGACCGUUCAAACGUGACAAAUCGAAGAUACCUCGUGAGAUUGCAGAGAAUAUUUUUCCCAAAAGAGAGGCAGUUAUGUAUGAUACAUAUAUAUUUUCUUUUUAAAAAGAAACGACGACUCGUAAAAG